CCCCUCUUCACAUGGGCUCUCCCCCCAUGUAAAGGCUGCACAUCCUGCAUCUCCCAUCCCCAGGCCGGGAUCUGGGGGGUGCCAAGGCUCGAUGGGGCGGGGGGCUGCUCCGGGGGGUGGCCGCCCCUACCCUGCCCGCAUCCCUCUGUCCCAUUAGGAGCCGCAAACCGGGGAACUAACCCAAGGCCGGAGGCUGAUGGGGUGGGGACGCAGGGGACAGGAUGGAUCUGGAUGUCCCCAGGGUGUAGGACGUGCAGCCCCCAGGGCUGGAGGUGGAGGAGGAGAGGACCCGACCCCGGCUGCCUCCCCCAUGCUCCAUCACCACCCCACAGACGUUGGCAUCGCACGUGGCUCCACCAUCGCGGCGACAGCCGGGGGGUUUCUCCCGGUGUCGCCUUCGCCCUCCCCAAACGCGGGGGUCACAGGAGGAAGGAGGGGACGGGUCGCUCGGUGGCGGGGAGGGAGGGCAGGUUUGCAGCGAGCCCUGUGGCCGUGCCGGCCGUUCAUGCCGCUGGCCGGGGGGCUUCGAGCAGCGCCAUGCAGCCCAUCAGCCUGCAGAACCUCUCCAUAUGUUUCCAGCUCCUCAUGUUCUCCUGUCAGACCCAGGGGGAGAAUCAACCGUCUCCUAAUUUUAACCAGUACGUGAGGGACCAGGGGGCCGUGAGUGACCAGCUGAGCCGGCGGCAGAUCAGGGAGUACCAGCUGUACAGCCGGACCAGCGGCAAGCACGUCCAGGUGAACGGCAAAAGGAUCACGGCCACUGCCGAGGACGGCAACAAGUUCGCCAAGCUUAUCGUGGAGACGGACACUUUUGGGAGCCGCGUCCGCAUCAAGGGGGCCGAGAGCGAGAAGUACAUCUGCAUGAGCAAGCGGGGCAAGCUUAUCGGGAAACCCAACGGCAAGAGCAAGGACUGCAUCUUCACGGAGAUCGUGCUGGAGAACAACUACACGGCGUUCCGCAACGCGCGCUACGAGGGCUGGUACAUGGCGUUCACGCGGCAGGGCCGGCCCCGCCGCGCCUCCCGCAGCCGCCAGAACCAGCGCGAAGCCCAUUUCAUCAAGCGGCUGUACCGGGGGCAGCUGCCCUUCCCCAACAACGCCGAGCGGCAGAAGCAGUUCGAGUUCGUCGGCUCGUCCUCGCCCACCCGACGGACCCGCCGCACCCCCCGCCCACGCACGUAAUGCCCGGACUCAUCCCCCUUGCCAGGCUCUGCCUUCCUCAUCCUCGCAGCCUUCGGCCUCGCCGGGCUCUUCCCUUUGUCCCGGCGCCCUCCAGCACUGGUUCUUCCCUGCUUUUUUUCUUCUAAAAUGCUCUAUUUUUAUACUUUAUAACCCCACGCUGGGGUCCCUGCAUCCCUGGAUCAUCCCGUGGUACCCGCUUUCACCACCCGCUCGCCUUGGCAACCCCUCGGACACUUGUCCCCAUGCCACCUCCCUGUCCCAGCAGACGUCCCUCUCGGUGCCGGGGAUGGAUAGACCAGCUAUGAGAGUGCGGGAUGUCCCCACCAGAGCACAAUGUCCCCAGCCCUGAGAUCAGUGGGAUGACCCCAGCCCUGUGGUCAGCGGGACGCUGUCCCCAUCCCUGCGAGGGAUGCAUGGCACUGCGGGCAGCCGGGUGAUGGGGAGUGUGGGGUGUCUGUCCGUAUGUCUGUCUGUCCGUGCAGCUUGGAGGGUCCCUGGGCACGCAGACCCUGGGCCAGCACUUGUAUCCCCAUGGCCAUGGGGUCUCUGUGUUAUUUAUUGGAGGGGAAGGUCUGUGCCCUCUCUGGUGGCACAGGGACACAUGUGGGUGCCCACCAGGCUCCUCUGGCCAAAGAGAAACUGCCUUUAGGUUAUUUUUAUUGGGUUUUUUUGAGGGGUUGUUUGUGUGUUUUCGCAAGCUCCGCUGUUUCCUUUAGGAGUGGCUUUAGGCCUAAAUAUUUAGACUUUGGAGUUUAUUUGUGUAAAGGAGGAAGCCCCAAAGCAAAUAAAAGUGAGUGUCUAGACUGCUGGAA